AAACCUCCAGACUGUAUUCGUGAAGACAGAGUGUUUUCUCGGUCUACAAACUGAAAUUCCCAUUCUUGAUCUUCACAAUUGUCAUCUUUACAGAAGAAGCAAAAUGAGUGUAAUAGAUAUACUGACACGUGUAGACACAAUAUGUAAGAAAUACGACAAGUACGACAUCGACAAACAAAAAGAUUCCAACAUCUCCGGCGACGACGCUUUUGCUCGUCUCUACUCUUCAGUUGAAUCCGACAUCGAAUCUGCUCUUCAGAAAGCGGAAACAGCAGCUAAUGAGAAGAAUAGAGCAUCUGUUGUGGCGAUCAAUGCGGAGAUUAGGAGAACUAAAGCUAAGUUACUUGAGGAAGUUCCGAAAUUGCAGAGAUUGGCUGUGAAGAAGGUCAAAGGUCUUUCGGGUGAAGAACUUGCUGCCCGUAAUGAUUUGGUUCUUGCACUGCCAGAUAGAAUAAAUUCCAUACCAGAUGGCUCUGCAGCUCCACCCAAGCAAUCUGGGGGAUGGAGAGCUUCAGGUUCUCGCACGGAAAUUAAAUUUGAUUCAGAUGGACAAUUUGACAACGAAUAUUUUCAACAAACCGAAGAGUCAAGUCAAUUCAGGGGAGAGUAUGAAAUGCGGAAAAUGAGACAGGACCAAGGUUUGGAGGUCAUAGGCGAAGGCUUGGAAACUUUGAAAAACAUGGCCGGCGAUAUGAACGAGGAGUUGGAUAGACAAGUUCCUCUGAUGGAUGAGAUUGACACAAAGGUGGACAGGGCAACCUCGGACUUGAAGAAUACCAACGUUAGGCUUAAGCAUACUGUUAACCAGCUGAGAUCUAGUCGCAACUUUUGCAUCGACAUCAUUUUGUUGUGCAUUAUUCUUGGAAUUGCAGCCUAUUUGUACAAUGUCUUGAAGAAGUAAAACUCCGCUAAAGUGCCUGUUGGAUCGACUUGUAUGUUGGCCUUCACGCUCCGUUUAGUUUUUUCUGUGUGUGCAUGUAAAACAAGUUAAUAUUGGUGAUUAAUUAAGCCUAGCAUAUUCUGCUUGCUUGUGUGUUUAACUUGUUCGAGAUUGAGGUGUAGUUAUUGUUGCUUUCUAUCUUGCUUGUGUGUUUAACUAGUUCGAGAUUGAGAUGUAGUUGUUGUUGUUUAUUUUCCAAGUAAUGCCAAUUGAACGAGAUUGUCAUUUUA